AUGCCGAGAAUCACGUGCACGGGCACUCCGCAACAGCGAGGGUGCGGCACGGUGUUAGUGCACCCACCGUCGGCGCAGUUCGUGCGAUGCGCGGUGUGUUCCGCGAUUACCGCGUGCGCUGCUGCAUCAUCAUCGUCAGCAUCGGGAGGCAACCCCCUCUCGUCGUCCUCGUCGAACGCUGGGGGUGGUUUUGUUCGAAACAACCGAGGAGGAGGCGCGAACGCGCGAGAAAUGGCCGCCAUCCACUGUCAGGGGUGCACGGUUCGAUUGAUGUUCCAUCUUGGCGCGACGCAAGUGCAGUGCGCGUUGUGUCACACCAUAAAUAGAGUCGCCUCAAACAACAACAACGGGAACGGUGGUGGUGGGCACGUUGAAAGGCAGGACGUUUCGCACUGUCGCUGUCGCGGGUGCGGGGUGACGCUGAUGUACACGAGAGGCGCGACGAGCGUGAGUUGCGGGGCGUGUCACGUGGUGACGAAUACAGCUGGUAUAGCCGCGGAAGGAGGAGGAGUGAAUAGCACGGCGAGUAAGAGUAGCGUGGGAGAAGAGGAGAGAGAGUUGGUGGUGGUGGAGAACCCGCCGGUGAAGUUGCGAGACGGAAGAGUCGUGCCGAACGUGAGCGUGGCGGUGGAGAUUCAUAACGUUAACGAUACAAAGUAG